CGCCGCCGGUUCGUGCCAAAACCCUACUCCCUACAAAAUGCAGCGGCGCCUAAGCUGAAAUCGGUGAAUCGUGCGCCGCGGCGAAGAGAGAACUCGAACUCGGCAGGACUUGUGCGGAAUAGGAGGGGAGCGGCCGAGCGGUGGUCAGAGAGGGAGAUAGAGAUCAUCAGGUUUGCCAUGUCCUCCAGGGCUGGCGGCGGCAAGCCGUUGUGGUCUGCCUCCACCAUCGUCGCCAAAGUCGCGAGUGGGUACCACAUCCUCAGGAUCGAUGGCUACUCCAGGACCAUGGAGACCCCCACAGGAGAGUCCAUCGCGUCCCUCCCGUUCUCGGUGGGCGGCCGUUGCUGGCGCAUUCGCUACUACCCCAACGGCGACAAGUUGGAGAAUAAAGAAUACAUCUCGCUUUAUCUUAAUCUCCACGACAGAAGCGUCGAGGCAGAGAAGGCGCAGUUAAUGUUCCGUUUCGUCGGUGACGUAGCGGAGCAGCCGUUGAUUCUGGGAAGACUGCAUACCUUCGAAAAGCAAGGUUGGGGGUACGCCAAGUUCAUCAAAAGGAAAGAUUUGGAAGAGUCGAAGCAUCUCGUGGACGAUUCUUUUUCCAUCAGAUGCGAUGUGGCCGUGCGCUUCAACGAUGUCCGCGUGGAGAAGGCGCCGGAAGCCGCUGCUGCAGCAGCUAUGAUUUCCGUGCAACCAUCUGACCUGCACCAGCACCUCGGCAGUCUCCUGCUGACCCAGAAGGGCGCCGAUGUGGUGUUUGACGUCGCCGGUGAGACGUUCGCAGCGCACCGGUGCGUGCUCGCAGCCCGCUCUCCUGUCUUCACUGCAGAGCUCUUUGGUGCGAUGAAAGAGGGCCACACCGGAGGCGUGGUGCGCAUAGAGGACAUGGAACCUCGGGCGUUCAAGGCAUUGCUCUACUUCCUUUACACCGAUUUACUAUUCCCAAAGACAAUGGCAACGACGAUGAAUCAAUCUGAAGACGGAGACGUAGGCGGCGACGAUGAAGACGUUCUGUGUCAGCACCUACUGGUCGCUGCAGACAAAUACAACUUGGAGAGGCUGAAAUCGCUAUGUGAAAAGAAGCUGUCUGAGUGCAUCCAUGUGGGCACGGUAGCAAUCAUCCUGACGCUAGCUGAGCAACACCGCUGCCCUGGACUGAAGAAGGUGUGCCUCCAUUUUCUCAGAUCUCCUGCAAAUUUGAGGGCAGUCGCCUCCAGCGACGCCUUUAAGCAUCUGAGCAGCAGCUGCCCCUCUGUUAUGGUGGAGUUGGUUGCCAUGCUUGGCAACUCAGCGUAGACCUUCAUCUAAGCAGCAAACUGCACUUGGUGAUUUUUUCUGGAUCGACUUGUAUUAUCAAGCGGUCUUGGAAAAAUGCUACUAGUUCAUAGUUUCCACUUCCAGUAGCUAUGCAUCCUAAGUUUCAAGGUAGAUUCUGAAGUAGUUGAAUCCGUUGGCGCUUUUGGUACACCAUUUCGCAGCGGAUGAUUUUGGUAUCUGGUAGCUAGCUUUGAAUGUCUGCCAGAAGCCCAGAAGUCCAUCUAUGUCCUUAACAUACAAUUCUCAGACGUUGGAAACUUGGAAUGCAAUGCAGUUCUUGUUAUUGUUAUUAAGUUGUAGAAUUCGUUUACUUCUAGUUCUCUAGCCGUCAAUCUAGAUGCAUAUAUA